ACUUACGCUCCAUCUCUAUAUUCUAUGCCCACCACAAGCCAGUUGAAUUCUUAACAGUCUAUUGUUAGCGUCUAUUUCGUGACAGUUAUAAACGAUCAAUUACAGUUGCGUAAUUGUCUGCAUCAUGUCUGACCAAUAUUUAAAUGUCAAUAAUGAGUUCCUGGGGACUGAUAAUACGUGGGUCCGCGUUGGUACAGUUAUGAGCCUACAUAUGAAGUCAUUGCUGUCGGGCAGAACAAUAGUGGCUAAGGAUUACGUUUGUACAGAUGUCGGCUUGACUGCGUCACUAGAGAAUUCGACAAUAAUACGGAAGAACACGAUCGUCAUAUACGAUGUAACAGACAACUGCAUCCAACAGAACAAAUUCUAUCACAAACUUCAAGACCUGACCAUUAAAAACAUCAGCAAUUUCGUAGUACGUUUUGAGGUAUUGGGGAUGAGUGAAUUAGUUGUGAAUGCGCUUGAACUGAUAAGAAACGCAAAACCUAUAGUGUGCAAGAUGUCCUUCUGCGAUAAAUACUUGGUUGAAGUCAACUGCAUUGACUGCGGCGAGAAAGCAGCCAAAUGGAUAAGCGGAUACCUGGAGCAUAGCAACCUACGUUUAGCAUACGUAUCGGCCGAACCCGAACAUGAGUGUCAGUUUUGGUAUUGGUUGAGGAAGUUGCGCAAAUUAGAGUCGGACGACAGGAAUAUUGUGAUGCCGUAUGCCUCUAUACCACGUUACACCUUGUUGUCGUACCAAUCGUUAACUGAGUUAAAUAGAACAUCAACACAUCACCUCACUCUAGAGCAAUUAAAUCCCGAUAUUUGCAUUAUGCCGCGAUUUGUGGCUCCUUUCAACGAGCUCGAGUGGGAUUGGAUCUUGAUCGGCAAUGCAAUCAUGAAAAAUAUCAGACCAUGGAAAAGCAGCAGGGUAAAACUUGUCCCUGAGCAAAUGCCAAUAGACAUGAAAAUGAAUAUGAUGUUAUUGCAUUGCGAACUACAAGCAUCUGGGAACGUGCAAGUAGGAGAUGGCGUGUACGUCCGUCAAAUUAAAAAGAAAUGAUUCUAUCACUGAUUAGUUCCUCAAUACAUUCAAUUAGUAUUACAAUUAGAGAAUAACGAAUGUAUAAUAUGGAAACAUAUGUUAAAAGUGCGAAAGAAUGUCUUUUUUAAGAAUAUUGUUCCAUAUUACUUUCUUCGUAUGUUAUUUUAAAUACUUUACUCUUAAAAAAAUAUAAAUAGUAAUAAUAUUAUAUAUAUAUAAAACAAACAUGUGCUAAUAUAUUGUAAAUUAUAUCAAUGAAAGUUAUACGCAUUUAGAAACCAAGAAGAAUUUUAAUAUGUUCAUGUUUAUUUAAUAAUAUAUUUUAAAUAUGAACAUAUUAUAAUAAUUUUAUCUGUUCUUAUAUUUACAAGAGAAAAAAUCUUUAAAAUCUUAAAAUCUAUUCUACAUUUUUCUGUAUAUAUUUUCAUAUAAAACUUUCAUAUAUAUAUAUAUGUGUAUAUAUUAUAUUUAUACGUGUAACAUAUGUUUUACUAUAUUUACAACUCUAUAUUACAAUGCACAUGCGCUUAACAUUUAGACUAAUAAUAAAUUCAUAGUAAAUAAUA